CUCGGGAGCUUACUAACCAACAGGGCCGAAAUAUUGGAGCUCUUCAGAAGCUUUCUGGCGUAUAUAUAAGCCACUGUUGUUUUAAAACAGACAUUUUUUUGUUGUUGUCAUCAAGCUGUUAUUACAUUUAAUGUAAUAUUUAACGUUGUUAGAAUCUCUAGCUAGCUGGUUAACUUAGCAGUAGGACUAGGCUAACGCUAACUAGCUAGCUAGCUAACAUCAUCGACCAUAGAGUCACAAAGCUACUCUUCCCCCAGUUGCUAAAGAAGAGGUCUGCUUCACGGAGAUAGAGGGUUUCGAGGAGGCUGUUACAGUGAAAGGAGAAGAGGAAGACGCUUUCAGAGUGAAAGAGGAGGAGGAUGUUGACUACCGUGAAAGAAGAGAAGGAAGAGAAAGAGGAGGCUGCAGUUUUUGGAAUAAAGGAGGGGGAGAUGACUGUCACAGUGAAAGAAGAGGAAGAUGUUUUUGGAGUGAAGGAGGAAGAGGAGGGGGAGAUGACUGUUACAGUGAAAGAAGAGGAAGAGGUUUUUGGAGAGAAGGAGGAAGAGGAGGGGGAGAUGACUGUUACAGUGAAAGAAGAGGAAGACGUUUUUGGAGAGAAGGAAGAGGGGGAGAUUACUGUCACAUUGGAGGACGAAGAAGAACAGAAGACUGGAGAUCUGAUUAACACCAGUAAAUACAGAGAGAGACCAGACUCUCACUCUGACAGCAGGAAGAGUCCUUCAGGGGAACCAGACCCAGAGACGCCCAAACCAGCGAGACGACAUCACUGGUCCCAGUGUAAAAAGAGUUUUAAGUGGUUAUGGAAGCUGAAAAGUCAUGAUAGAACAGACAUAGGAGGGAAGACUUCACAAUGUUCCCAAUGUGGAAAGAGUUUUACCCGUUUAGGGAACCUGAAAAGGCAUGAGAGAAUACACACAGGAGAGAAACCUUUCCAAUGUGCCCAAUGUGGAAAGAGUUUUACACGGUUAGGGAGCCUGAAAGAACAUAAAAUAAUACACACAGGAGAGAAGCCUUUCCAAUGCUCCCGGUGUGGAAAGGGCUUUAGGUGGUUAGGGAAUCUGAAAAAGCAUGAGAGAACACACACGGGUGAGAAACCGUUCCAAUGCUCCCAGUGUGGAAAGAGUUUUCCACAGUUAGGGAGCUUGAAGGAGCAUGAAAGGACACACACAGGGGAGACAUCUUACCAUUGCUCCCUGUGUGGAAAGGAUUUUACCAAGCUAAGGAACCUGAUAAAACAUACAGAAUUACACACAGGAGAGAAGCCUUUCCAAUGUUCCCAGUGUGGGAAGGGAUUUACACGGUUAGGGAACCUGAAGGAUCACAAAAGAGUACACACAGGAGAGAAACCUUUCCAAUGUUCCCAGUGUGGAAAGAGUUUUACACGGUUACGGAGCCUGAACGAACAUAAAUUAAUACACACAGGAGAGAAGCGUUUCCAAUGUUCUCAGUGUGGAAAGGGUUUUACCCUGUUAGGGAGCCUGAAAAAGCAUGAGAGAACACACACAGGAGAAAAGCCGUUCCAAUGCUCCCAUUGUGGGAAGAGUUUUACACAAUUGGGAAGCUUGAAGGUACAUGAAAGGGCACACACAGGGAAGACAUCUUACCAUUGCUCUCUGUGUGGAAAGAAUUUUACCAAGUUAGGGAACCUAAAAAAACAUAAACAAUUACACACAGGAGAGAAACCUUUCCAAUGCUCCCAGUGUGGGAAGGGUUUUACACGGUUAGGGAACCUGAAGGAUCAUAAAAGAGUACACACAGGAGAGAAGCCAUUCCAAUGUUCGCAGUGUGGAAAGAAUUUUACAUGGUUAGGAAACCUGAAAAAGCAUGAGAGAACACACACAGGAGAGAAGCUGUUCCAAUGUUCCCAGUGUGGAAAUAGUUUUAAAAGGUUAGGGAGCCUGAAGGAGCAUGAAAGGACACACACAUGGGAGACAGCUUACCAUUGCUCUAUGUGUGGAAAGAAUUUUACCAAGUUAGGGAACCUAAACAAACAUGAAAAAUUACACACAGGAAAGAAGACUUUCCAAUGCACCCAGUGUGGGAAGGGUUUUACACGGUUAGGGAAUCUGAAGGACCAUAAACGAACACACACAAGAGAGAAGCCUUUCCAAUGUUCCCAGUGUGGAAAGGGUUUUACCCAGAUAGGGAACCUGAAAAGGCAUGAGAAAAUACACACAGGAGAGAAGUCUUUCCAUUGUCCGCAGUGUGGAAAGGAUUUUACCCAGUUAGUGAACCUGAAAAGGCACGAGAGAACACACACAGUUUUAACAAUGACCCCAGGAGUUGGAAACAGUUCGAAGAACAGAACAGAAAACCGCGUAAGAACAAAAAACAUGAAGAAACAGAAACCGAACCGGGAAAGAAAGUGAAAUCUCUACAGUUCUGAAACAGAACCUUUAUUUCAAAAGUAAAGUAUUAAUAACGUUCUUUUAAAGUAACUGAAAAUCUUCUUUAAAAAGUUAACAUUCUGUUAACUCAUCGACAUAAUGUUGAGACAUGCUAUACUCAUAUUUGUGGACAAAGCAUAAAUUGACACUUCAAAAACCCUCAAACUUGUAUCUCAAACAGACUGUUUAAAUUUUUUUACUAUUUCCGUCAUAGAACACGUUAUCUCCCUGCGGAGGAUGAGCUUGCCAAUCUGUUGUUGGGGUACGACCCACACCAUUCUGUUGUUGGGGUACGCCCACACCUUUCUGUUGUUGGGGUACGACCCACACCAUUCUGUUGUUUGGAUACGCCCACACUAUUCUGUUGUUGGGGUACGACCCACACCAUUCUGUUGUUGGGGUAUGACCCACACCAUUCUGUUGUUGGGGCACGCCCUACCAUUCUGUUGUUGGGUUACGACCCACACUAUUCUGUUGUUGGGGUACG